GAAGCUGCCGCCAUUUCAAAGCACAUAGGAGACGUGAAAGCUGACGGAAAUUUUGUAUAUAUUUCUAUUUUUUAUUUUUCUACUUUUUUUGUAUUCUUUAUUUAUUAUUAUUAUUGUUGUUAACAAAUAGGACAAGCAUUUCCUUUUAAAAUCUACCUCGCCCGCACCAACUGAAAUGGAUGCAGACACAGAAGAGAAUCUCACCAAAAUUUCCAAAACUUUAAAGGAUGAAUCUGGGAGACCUGCAACUGAAAUUAAUUUCAGGGGUCGUGGGUUCAAAGGCCGUGGUCGAGGAGGACGCAUGGUUCGGGGUGGCAUGCAUGGUGGGCAAGGCAUGAUGAAAGGCUUUGGUCCACUUGGACGCGGGAGGGGUCGAGGGAAGGAUGGAGCUAUGAAUGGACUUGGUCCAAUGAGAGGAAUGGGAAGGAUGCGACCUUACCCAGACCUCAGAGGCCAUCGAGGUAGGGGUGGACCAAUGGGCAUGGGUCCACCUCCCCCUCCUCUCCCCCAUCCUCCCCCGAUGCACCUCAGAGGCCCCUUUCCACACAUGCCCAGGCAUGGACCCCCUCCACCAUCUCCUCCAGGUCAUCCUGGUUUCAGAGGGCGUCCACCACACCCUAUAGGCCGCGGCAUGCUACCUGUUGGACCACCACGUCACUUCCGCCCUCGUGGCCCGAGAGGCUACCACAAUGGACCGGUUUCUCCUCCGCCUCACCCCCCACCUGGCAGAGGCCAGAGGUGGCCAGGCCCCCCUGGUGGCCGACGCUUUUAACACAGCCUGCCCUAAAAACUAUAAACAAGCGCUUGUUAAUGUAAAAGGGGCCUAAAGCAGUGAUAUCAAAUAACCUUUUCUGAAUUUUGUGUUUAUUUAAACUCUGAGUAUCUUCAGGAUCCAUUACUUUGAGGCCAAAUGUUGGUAUUGUCUACUGGCAACAGCAUGAGGUGAAAAGAAUAAAUACAACAGAGGACAAGUAAAAUGAUUCAUAACUUAUCAAUGUAAAGGUAUUCACAUCUGUUACCCAGAAAUACUGUUGGCACUACAGAGCAUUUGAAAUUGUUAAGAAGACAUUGUUAAACUAAGGUUGAACGCACUGUUCUCAGCCGGAAGAAGAUUCAUGUCAAAGUUUAUUAAAUGUUCUGUGAUUCUUGUUACAGUCACCCUGUUAGCCUUAAGAAGUGUCCCUGAUUCUUUGUAAAGACUAAAAAUGGGUGAGACUGUAUUUAAAGUUGAAGGAAAAGGGGACAAAUAUUGAGUGGACAAAGCCCUCAAGCAUCACUGUUAAUUUAGUACACCUUGGACCUCCUUAACCUUUCCUUUUGUUAAAUGGACAUAGUGAUGUAUAUGUCAUCAAAUAGUGCAGCAGAUAUUGUUUAACACUUGCACAAUGGUCAAGUGAUGAGACAAUAUUGAAAUUGUAAAAUAUUCAUGAAUAUUUAAUUUUAUAUUUCAUAUCAUAAAUGUGCAGCUAUUAUUUUUUUUUUUUUUUUUUUGCAGUUUGGAAUUUAUGUGUGUCUCCAGCAGUCUAUUGUGUAAUGACAAAAAAGCAUUAUAAAUGAACAGUAUACUGAAAUACUAUAUAUAUAUAUAUUUAAUUAUAGUAUAUUUUAUUAAUAUAAGUCAAUUUAAUAUACAUUUGCUUUAGUUAAGUAAAAAAAAUCUUUUUUGUGUUUAGUGUUUUGAAGUGUUACUUCUUUAUUCACUGUAAUUAACAAGACUUUGUGAAUCUGUGAAUGUGUUUUGAGAAUCUCCAAUACAUAUGAGAUAGUCCUGAAAGAAAAAAAAUAAAACUAAAGAUAAACUCUA